CAUAUCUCGUUUUUUUAACUCUUUUUUUAGGCAGCGCGAGGCAGACUUAAUUUUGUGGAGUUUCUUUUUAGAAACAGAUAUACACAUAGAUACUUUUUGGAAAGAAGAAAAGCUAAUCUUGCUUUAUUUAAUAAAUUUAUGUAUUGUUAUUAUACUUUUUUGUCGAUUAUUUUGCUUCUGAAUAUUUGGUUGGUGUUCUCACAUGAAUUUGUAGUAGAAGAAAUGUUGAUCCGGUUUUGUUUUUUUUAUUCAAACAAUUUUCUACAUGCAUUUUCUAUGCACAUGCCAAAUUUCAACGAAAAAUAAUUGGUAUCAGAUAGUUUAAAAUGUGUUAUAUUACGUAUACCACUUAUUUUAGGUAGCUUUAGGCAAACGUUUUUUUGUGUGUUUCUUUUAAGAAACAUGUAUAAACAUAAAUUAUUUUCAUAAAGGAGAAAGGUUGAUCUAAAUUUUUAUAUGACUUUUAUGUAUGGUUACCCAACAUUUUUAUGGAUUAUUUUGCUGACAAUAUUGCAUAAAAAUUUCGUCCCUGUUCUCACAAUAAUUUGUUGUCGAAGGAAUGUUGAUCCGGCUUUUUUUGUUAGUUUUCCUAUAUUUUACAUGCAUUUUCUUAGCACCUGCCAAAAAUCAACGAAAAAUAAUUGGUAGCAGAUAGUAUACUUAGUGUUGGACUUUUGAUUAAAAUAAAAAAUGAAUUCUGACAGAAGUUUUAUUGAAUCUAUAACAGAUUAUCCUGCUCCACAUUAUGAAGGCUUUUUGAGAUAUCCAACAUCUUCAUCUGCAAUGAGUGCUCUAGUUCCAUCCUCAAUUGCAUUGAGUGUUCCAUCUACAUCUGCAAUAAUUGUUACAUCUUCAGCUGCUACAAGAGGUAAGUUUAUAAACUGUUAUUUUCUAAUAUGUGUAUGCAUAAUAUACAUGUGUAAAAGUAUUGUUUCUAAUAUGUGUAUGCAUAUCUUAUCGAUAGAAAGUAAAUUGUAAUUUUAUUUUUAAAAAAUUUUACCUUGAGUCCCACAACCUCCACAACAACUACAGAUUUAGGGUCCAGUACCCUAGACCAAUUAGUAAUCGGUCAUUUUUGCGGUGGGUCCGGUUAGGAGGGAAAAAUGGUGAAUCAUUCAGCUGGGUCUAUCAUCCUCCUAAAAGGGGUGCUGGGAGCUACAGCAGAAGAGGAAGCCGUGGAGGAGGUUGUGGGCAAAGACGGAAUGGUGGCAGCCUUGUCGUGAAUGGUGGCAUCCACUCUUACUAGGCGCCACCAUGCCUGUUUUAUUUAAAAAUAAAUAUAUAACAUUAUCAAGUUUGUUUUCCAUUUUGUCCCAAUUUUUACAAUUAUUAACAUUUGAUUUAUUUAUUAUAAAUCUUUCACAAAAUGAUUUAAAAACGAAGCAUUGACAGGUGUAAUAGUUUGCAAGGGAUCUAUUUUGUAUGUUUUCAAUGUGAUUAAAAGUUGUAGCGUAAAAAGUUUUAAAGUUGUAGCUAUAAAUAGUUAUAGACUUUUUAAUGUGUUUAGGAUUUUUUGAGGUUUUGAGAUUUUGAUGUUUUCUCAUAGCACAUAUUAAAUGUAGUUUCAAAUUUAUAUGUAAUGUUUUAUAGAGUUAAUAAAUGUUAAAUAUCUUUGCAUACCUAAUUACUAUUAUUUAUUUUAUUUUAGUUUAUAUACUGUUUUUUUGAGUUAAGAAAUAUUAUUUGAUUAUAGACCAGUUUAAUUGUUUGAUUUUAAACCAGUUUAACUUAUGUUUACAGUUCCUAAAUAUUAUAUUUACGUAACCAUUACUUGUUUGUAGAAGGUGUGUAUGAGAUUUUUUUUUACAUGUUUUAUUGUAAUGUUAUUAAUAAUUAACAAAUUUUUAUAUAUUGUUUGUUUACUUUUC